AUGUCGAAAAUUGGUUUCAUAGACAAGAGUGAUGUGGUCGUUCGUGACCUGGAAGCAGAAGCGGAUGUUGAAGAUGUUUUAUACAAAGCGCUAAAGCAUUGGAAUCUUGUAGAUCAAGUGGUGGAAGAGCAAGCUCACAAGAUUGAAGCAGAAUCGGCCAAUGAUGUCGGUCAUACUGGACAACCAUGCUUCCAGGUGGGAGAUCGUGUGUUCCUUCAUGCUACGAUGUGGGACAAGAUCAAGGAAGGCUUUAAGAUGUGGGACGUGCCUUUUAAAGAAAAGAUUCUCAAGGUGAGUUCUAUAAGGAUAAUUGUAUUAAUUUCGAUUCAGGUUAUUUUAAAUUUGAUUUACCUACUGCAAUAUUCCUUCUAAAGUUUGUAAGCCAAAAUUAAUCUUUAAAAUAUGAUUCUUUAUGAGCUACAACACAUUUCAGUUCUACAUGUGUAUUGGAUGCGUGGUCUCAACGGAAGAUUACAAAAGCACGACCAGAUUCUUCGUUAGAACGCCAGAACAAGAACUAACGUUAGGAACUGACUUCACAGUACCCAAUUUCAUUCUAAAAAAGGCGCCAGAAAUCAUAAAGUUCAAAGAAUUCGACUUUGUCGUUGUUGUUGACCAAACUGUGGUAAGAGUUCUUUAAUUCUAAUUUCUCAAAGUAAAUAAAAAUUGGUCAAGAAAGCUGUCUCGUGUCAAGUUUUGUCUUUCUUUUUAUUUACUCUUUUGAAUCAAAUUUUAAAUUUUCUGAUUAUGUAUGACACUAUCACAUAUUUAGAACAAUGCUACAACGUAUUCCGUAGUAAACCAACAAGAAGGUGGAGCACUAUGUACGCUGAAACAAUUCCAAUCUGAUGUUAUUGUUUUUGGAGAUCAAACCAGGGCAAGUUGUCUUCUUACAAGUUUUAAUGUGACAAACUUUACAAGAUUAUGUGUUUUCGAUGUUUUUCAUGAUUUGACUGUAUUGUAAUUUCAUGCUUUUGAAUUUUGCAUCGUUUUUUCAUUAUUCCGAAUUUCUAAAUUAUGUUGACUUGAUUUUUUGAUGUUUACAUUUCUGUAACUUGAUUCUCCAACCUUUCCAGAACAUAAUGAUUCCUGUCUACGAUGCGGAAGAACCAUGGCUAGUCGAACGUGACUCAAGAUUGUAUUUUGAAACCACCAAAAACACCACGGAUUUGCCCAAAAACAAGAUGACAGACUUGAUUUUUGGCACAAAAGGAGAGAAGCUGAGUUCAGAGGCUGCCUUAUCAACUCUGGUACAUCUGAAUAACGAACGAAGCUUCUUUAUGUUCGCUCAAGCUUGUAACAAGGACCCAGACUUUGUGAACACUGUGAUCAACGGAGGCGUUCCAUUGGCUAUAGCUAUCGAAAUGAACUCUCCCUUCUUGAUCAACAUUCUUGUUACUUGCGGAGCUGAUACACGAGUCAUGGACCGUAGAGGGAAUACGUUGCUUCAUGUGGCUACAGCUACGUAGGUUUGGGCAUAAUUGCAUCUUAAUCAUUAUGUAACAAAUAUAAUUUUAUAUUGUUUUAAGCUAGAUUUAAGUUAUUCUUGCUGGGGAGAAGUAUUUUUGAUUUAAAAAUUUUUCUAUUGUUUUAUAUUCCAGCGGAUCAACCCACGUUGUACAGGCGAUUCUACCUUACCUUACCGAAUUUCUGAACACUCCGAAUCUGGCAGGAGACACUCCCUUCCAUAUUUUGUGCAAAAAGAAGAAUUUCGAGCUGAUUUCAAAGUUUUUGGAUAUUCCAGAAGUCGACACAACUUUCAGAGAUUCAGAAGGCAACACCGGAUUACAUAUCUUGAUCAAAAUGGAUGACUUUGAUCAGGAACGACUGGCAUGUUUGAGAUUAUUUAUGAAACAAGGUCCAUGGCUACAUGCUACGAAUGGAGAGAACAUGGUACCAUUGCAGGCUGCCAUUACUUGGAAAAAGGAGUUGUAAGUCUAAGUGUUACCUAGACUGUGUUACCCAUGAAGAAUGCAAACACGGUACACAACAGUUAUAUUGUUUCAGAGCUGUCGAUCUGUUCUUGGACAAGAGAAGCGGUCGGGACCGUCCGAUUGGCCUACAUUAUGCUGACUUAUCCAUCGCUCAAGUCGCUGCCAAAGUUGGAAACUUUAACAUCUUCCAGCGAAUUGCUGCGGUGCGUUUUAUAAUGAUAUCAUAGCUAUUAUUACUUGAUCUUGUGUAGAAUAAUCUCCAUUUUUUCAUAUAACAGAUCAUUCUUAAAUGUUUUAGGACUGUGACGGAGUAUUCAUAGAGACAAGCACCAAGAAGACUGUCAUGCAUUUUGCAGUUGAAGGUUGGGCUCUAAACGAAGAUGACGACUAUCAACGUUGUCGUAUUAUACAAUUAUUGUUGGCUCGUCAUGAUACGGUCAAACUGAAUCAAGCAGAUUUGUUCGAGAAUACUCCAGUUCAUUUGUUGGCCAGAUUUGUGAACGAAUGUGACAGAAGAAAACCCUACACUGACGACAUUUUCGAAUCACUCGUUUCUAGCAAAGAUCAGGUAUGUCAGUUUUACAAUGGCAUUAUUAAAAUGUUCGAACUAAUUUUGUGUUAAACAAUAUUAGUUUUCUUUGCAUAAUAUUAUAGAUGAUCUUUUAAGGGAUUGAUGGCAUUGAUCAACGCUUCGUUUGGCAAUUAUCCUCUGGCCACACUCUGCUUCUUCUCAACUUGUGGAGCUGAUUUUUGGCACAUCAAUGCAGAUGGAUUCACUCCGUUAGAUCUACUCGGAAGACAAGAACUUCAGGUUUUAAUGGCAGCUUGUUCUAGAGCAGGUGUUAAGUAAGACGAUAUUCCAACACUUCAAACAAGUUUAUAUUAAUGAUAAUACUUCUGAUUCUGACAAUAAUGUAUUUGUAUUUUCAGCUCCUGGACUCAAAUGCCAGAACGAAAAAGCCUGUCAGCCCCAUUAUUCAGAAGCUGCUUCAGAUGUAAGGAGAAAAUGGACCCAAACAACGUUGUCUAUUGUCUGCCAUGCCAACAUUACUUUGCUUGUGCCAAUUGUAGCCAGGAUAUUGCAAGAAUGGACAGAUGCAUGAUUUGCUCAAGUGAAAUACAAUCUAUGCGUGUUUUACGUGAUGGUAGGUUGUACUUAUGGAGCUCUGAAAAAUUUAACGUUGUAUUUUUUAAUAUUUAAAACAAAAGCUUGAUAAUUUAGAUAUCGAUGAACUCUUGCACGGUGACGUAGCCCCGCAAUGCACACAAGAUGGACGUCGUAAGUUUGUUUUUCCAUAUUCAAUACCGAAGAUAUUAAUUCAGAAGUAACAGACGUCCUAUGCGAGUUGAAGAAGCAGAUAUCAUUGUUGGAGGACAGCAUCUUGUGUGAAAUUUGUAUGGAAGAACAAUGUAAGGUGGUCUUCGAUUGCGGUCAUACUGCUUGCCGCACCUGUUCCUCGGAAGAAGUCCUCAAGACCUGUCACAUGUGCCGCCAACCAAUCACAAAACGGCUGACUAUCUAUUAG